AAAAACAGGGAGUGGUUUGAGAGGAAGAAGAAAGAGAAAAGAAGAGAGCGGAGCUGAAGGAAGGGUUGUACCGUUUCUUUAUUUAGUGUAGCAAGAGAAGAUAGGUGUUUGAAUAAUAUGAGGUGAAGAAAUUAAGGAAAUAAAAAUGAAAAUAUUUCAAAUGGGAUGUUUGAUGUUCAAAUGGUAAUGCAAAUACAAAGUAAUUAGAGAAGGUACUUUUGAGGGAUGGGUUCUUUUGUAAAGAAAAAAAUGUUAUAUAAUGUUUAUUUAUUCCCCUUUUGAUGCAGCUGAUCAUAAACUGCAAAUAUUCAUGUCAGAGAGCUGCAAUUCUCGGCACUUCUCAUGGCUAAUGAAGUCUUGUUUUCCAAACCCAAAUCACAAAUCUUUGAUAAUUACCCCUCAACACCUUAACCCCACCCUCACCCUCUCCUCUCUCCCCGAUGACCUUCUCUUGGAAUGUCUUUCCAGGGUUCCAUCCUCUUCUCUCCCUUCCCUUUCCCUCGUCUGUCGCCGUUGGUUCUACCUCAUCCUCUCCCCUUCCUUCAUCCUCCUCCGCCGUCAACUCCGCCUCUCCCACCCAUCUCUCUUCGCCUUCUCCCCCUCUCUCUCCGGUGUCUUCUCUGCCACCCUUUCUUUUCCUUCUCCCCGCCCUGCUGCUACUUGGGACCUCUCUUUAUGUCUACCCAUCAACACUGCUUCACUUCACAGCCUCCCCAGGCUCGUUUCUAUCGGACCCAGGAUUUACAUUAUUGGUAGGAAUUCCAUGCUUAGAUACAACGCUUGGACCCAUCACGUUACUGCUAAAUCCCCCAUGCUUUUCCCUCGCAAAAAGUUCGCCGCCGCCGUGGUUUCCAACAAAAUUUACGUUGCCGGUGGCGGUGGUUCCAGAGCUGCCUCCGCUGUCGAGGAAUACGACCCUGAAACCGAUACAUGGCGCGUGGUGGGUUACUCGCAAAGGAUGCGUUAUGGGUGCAUAGGGGCAGCGGUGGACGGCGUCUUUUACGUUAUUGGUGGAUUGAAAAUCGGUGGGGCGUCUGGAAAUGGAGCUGGUGGGAUAGAAGCUCACGUGUACGCCAGUUCAAUGGAUUUGUACGAUGUGGAAGCGCGUGUGUGGUUGCGGAGCAGGGCCGUCCCAGGUGGCGGCUGUGUUGUGGCGGCGUGCGCAGUAGCCGGAUACGUGUAUGUUCUAACAAGUCACGUGGUGGAACUUUCUUUUUGGCGGUUCGACGCGAGGAGAAAAUGCGGCGGCGGCGGCGAUGACAGCAGCGAAGGAUUUGGGGAGUGGUGCAAGAUGAAAAGCCCACCGAUGCCGACUCAAAUACGGCUGGACGGCACGGUGAGAUUUUGUUGUGUAGGGGUUGGGGAUAAUAAAGUGAUAUUAGUACAAGUGGUUGGGUGCAUAGAUGACUUGUUGAGAAGAAGUGGAAGGAGCCAAAGGGGUUUUAAAGAUGGACUUGUUUUGGUCUACGACAGUGGCGGGGGUGAGUGGAGUCGAGGGCCGGAUCUGCCGGAGGUAAUACGACGCGCCGCCUGUGUGAGUGUGGAGUGUUGAUUGGCAUAAUUGCUGCUAACUUGCGCCUUUCGAAAGCUUUUGGUGAUUUGUGUAGUAUAAGAAGCAGACAAAAUCAUCGUCUGUAACAUGUAGAAAGAAAAAUGCCAAAAGACCAUCGGGCGCCUAAAUAUUGAUUAUUUAUAUUCUCAUAUUCCUCAUCCAAUUGAUUUCUACUUUGAUAUUUUUUUUUA